GGGAGGGGGAGGAGGCUCCGUUGCAAAGGCGACUGCUGCUGCAGCCUCCUCGGGGCGCGCCCUGCAGGAGGCCGGCGGGUGGGGACCCUCCGGGGCGUGGCCAAGGGCGGCGGCGGGGGUGGGACGGGCCUGGGCGCGGCCACGGAGAACCAGCCCGCCGGCUGAGCGUGCUUCUUCCUCGCUUGCCUUCCGUACUGACUGUGCGCUGCCCGCUGCCCGCUGCCGCCAUGCCCAAGUGCCCCCGCUGCGACAAGGAGGUCUACUUCGCUGAAAAAGUCACCUCCCUGGGGAAAGACUGGCACCGGCCGUGCUUGAAGUGUGAAAAAUGCAGUAAGACCCUGACUGCGGGCAGCCACGCAGAGCAUGAUGGGAAACCCUACUGCAACCACCCUUGCUACUCUGCACUGUUUGGACCCAAAGGGUUUGGCCGCGGAGGUGCUGAGAGCCACACGUUCAAAUGAAUCUCAGCCGAAAGGAUGAGGUUUUAUAUGGAUCCUGACAUUUCAAGGCAUUAUACCUGCAAUUCAUUCCUUCCCUCCUCCCCGCCAUAGCAAGCUUGCAUGUUUUAAUAAAAAGCAUUCCAAAGAGGAAUGGGGCUGAAGGGCUGGAAGAUUUCCUGUUCGGUUGGAAAACAUGACAGAGUGGAUAAGCAUUUGACUUACUCGAAAUCGGGCAAGUUGGCUAAUAAUAACAAUGUUGAGCUUCCUGGAAAUAAAAGGAAUUCCAGCCAAACCCCUGCGCCUGCUUUUAGACCCUAUUCUCAAGCAACGGUGAUUCUGUAUCUGUAUUAAAAGCUUGAAUGAAA